AUGGUUCUGGACCAUCUAAUAGGCAAUAAAAGGCCAGUAAAAGACCUGAGCCCAGCUGUUAUGGGGGGUCUACCGAUGCCUAUGAAAAGCGACGAGCAGAAAAUGAUAGAGAGAGGAAUGGAGAGCUGCGCCUUCAAGUCUCUUUUGGCCUGUGUAGGAGGGUUUGUCCUCGGAGGAGCGUUUGGUGUUUUCACAGCUGGUAUCGAUACCAAUGUUGGCUUCGACCCCAAAGAUCCACUCAGAACUCCAACAGCUCGAGAAGUCCUUAAAGACAUGGGUCAGAGGGGGAUGUCUUAUGCCAAGAACUUUGCUAUCGUAGGCGCCAUGUUCUCCUGCACAGAGUGCAUCAUCGAAUCACUGGUCUGA